AACAUUUGGACGCCAUUUUGACUGCAGUGGCGUCGCAAGGGAUUUCCUGAUGCUUUCAGCGACACCGCGAGUUCGUGCCUUUUCCGUUUAGAAAACCAAGAUGGCUCGAGGUCCAAAGAAGCAUCUGAAGCGUCUCAAUGCGCCCAAAGCAUGGAUGUUGGACAAAUUGGGGGGUGUCUACGCUCCCCGUCCAUCCACAGGACCUCACAAGCUCAGGGAAUCCCUUCCACUUGUUAUUUUCCUCCGUAACAGGUUGAAGUACGCCCUGACCAACUGCGAAGUAACGAAAAUUGUUAUGCAGCGUUUGAUCAGAGUCGACGGCAAAGUUCGCACCGAUCCCAACUAUCCUGCUGGUUUUAUGGAUGUCAUUACUAUUAAGAAAACUGGUGAAUUCUUCCGAUUGAUUUAUGAUGUCAAGGGACGUUUCACUACUCACAGAAUUACGGCAGAAGAAGCCAAGUACAAAUUGUGCAAGGUGAAGCGCGUUCAAACUGGACCCAAGGGUAUUCCAUUCUUGGUAACACACGACGGUAGGACCAUUCGUUAUCCAGAUCCUCUAAUCAAGGUUAACGACACCAUUCAUUUGGACAUAGCGACUAGCAAAAUUUUGGAUUCGAUUCGAUUCGAUUCAGGUAAUCUCUGCAUGAUUACCGGCGGAAGAAAUUUAGGGCGUGUUGGCACGGUCGUCAGUCGGGAGCGUCAUCCUGGAUCUUUCGAUAUUUGCCACAUUAAGGACUCUCAAGGACAUACUUUUGCUACGAGGUUGAACAAUGUAUUUAUCAUCGGCAAGGGUACGAAGCCGUACAUUAGCUUACCAAGAGACAAGGGAGUUAAGCUUUCGAUUGCCGAAGAACGCGACAAGAGGUUAGCAGCGAAGGGAAUGAAUUAAUGUACAUUUUCAAGAAAACAUUCAAUAAACCGAGAACUUCUUGGUGAAUAAAA